GAAACCGCAUAAACAAACAACUCUGCUCCCUAGCUCUGUGCUUGGACUGCUUGGUUUAUGUUCAUGUUGAAGUUGAUGUUCACGUUCAUCAUUCAUUUAUUGCCAAAUUAAUGUUUGUUGCUUGUUGGGUCUAUUCAAUUUUUAUCAAAAAAUUUGGAACGUGCAUCUUGAGUGAAAGACAAUGAAAAAUCCUUACGAAAGUAUCUCAUCAAAAUCGUUUGACUAUAUUUGUCGUACUUGCCUACAAUACAAUGAUGAACUAUUUAGGAUCCAUGAAGUAGAAUGGGAAGGAAUUAAGUUACUAGAAACUUUCAAGUUAACAACAUUAGGGGGGCAUACAGAUGAUGAAGUACCACAACAAAUGUGCAAGAAUUGCAUAAAACUCAUGUAUCAAACCUACCAUUUCCUUCAUAGAUGUAAAAUUUCUGAACAGACUGUAAGUCGGAUAUUUGAAAGAGAAAUUGGAGAAAUUGAAGAAGUUUCUGAUGAAAAUUGUUCUCAAACUAGUAUUGAAAAUACUUCAGCAGAUCCUGUAGAUGAAAUGGACAUUUUAUAUACUGAAGAAUUAAAUGCUACUGAAGACACUCGAGAAGACACUGAAGGAGAAGAGAUUCUCUAUAUACAAAUAGUGGAUGAUAGUUGUAACAUUCAAGAAGAAAAUCAAUAUGUAUUGGAAUUGCAAGAAGAGCCAGAGCCAGAGCCAAUGAGAAUAAAAGGCUUCAAAUGUCUUGGCUGCGCAGAACUAUUUUCAACUGCAGAGGAAAUGCAAAAACACAAAAACGAAACUCACAAAAAAAACUUCAAAUUUGAGUGUGAAUAUUGCUAUAGUAAAUUUGCUAGUUAUGCAAAUUUGAGGGAUCAUAUUCGAAUUCAUACCAGAGAAAAACCAUUUCAGUGCCCAACUUGUCAAGCAAAAUUUACUUUCAAAAGUGAUUUGAAUCGGCAUAUACUCACUCAUGUGGAAUAUAAACCUUUUAAAUGUGAAUUUUGUGAAAAAAGUUUUAGCAGAAAAUAUAUAUUGGAUCAACAUGAAAGAGAGCAUACUGGCACAAGAAUAUUAUGUGUAUACUGCUGUAAACAAUUCAAGUCCCGUUCAGCAUUAAUUAAACACAACAAAAACGUUCAUGAAUUUUCUUUUUCGCCAGAAAAGAGUUUUAAGUGUGAUGUUUGUGGAAACAUUUUAAGUUCAGAACAGUAUUUUCAAGAACAUAUGGCAUUGCACGGUCCUCGUAAUUUUCAGUGUGAGACUUGUGGGAAAGCUUUUAGUAGCAAUAAAAGUCUGAAAGUACAUAUCAAAAUGACACAUAAUGAAAUGGAAUUUGCUUGCAGUCUCUGUGAUAGAACUUACAAGCAAAAAAAUAACUUGCUCAAGCAUCAAGACCAACAUAUGGGAAAAUUCAUCUGUGAAAUCUGUUCCAAAGCGUUUGUAUUUAGAGCUUCGCUUAGUCAGCAUAUGAGACUACAUAAGGGAGACACCAAAUAUCAAUGCACAGAAUGUAAAACAAUCUGCAUGAACAAACGACGACUGGAAGGUCAUAUAAGAUCACAUCACACUAAAGAAAAACCAUUUUCUUGUCCUACUUGUGGAAAAUGUUUUGCAGACAAAGCAAACUGGUUCAACCAUAUAAAAAUACACGAUGAAGACACACUACUACAGUGUAAUAUUUGCUUUGAAGGCUUUGAGGAUAUUGAUAGUGUCAAAGCUCAUAUUCUUAGUCUUCAUAUUUGAUGAAACAUACUUAUAUUGAAACUGCUAGAAUGUUAUACAGGAAUUUGUUUAUUAUUACUAUUAUUAUUAUUGCAUAUUUUUAUUAGUAAGUUCAAUAAUUGUAACGAUCAAGUCGCCUAUGGAUCGUAAUUGUCCCAAAAAAUGUAUGUCUUGACUAACAUUGCAAAAAUGUUUACAUUAUAGUUCUGGUGAUAGCCAUCAGAGAGGUAAGGCGCAAGCCACAUUCGAAAAUCCUCCCAAAAAUCCGCAGAUUCCACUGACAUAACGCUUGCUGAGUAAAUUAUUGUACGGUCGUACACAGGGUGCAAAAAUAUGAUAUCUCCAACUACGAUCGUUAUAAUUAUGAACAACCGUUAUUUUGUUGUGUGUUACAAGUAAAAAAAAACAACUGUGUCAGUAUUUUUUUGUAGGGGUCUCUAAUGCAUAUUAUAAAUUAUUUUUUGUUAUUUUUAUAAAUGAAUAAUAGUUAGAUGGACAUCCCUAUGAUAGGUGAUUACAUUGUAGUUAUAACUACAGGUCUAUAAUUAUUCUUCAUACUGGCAUGUCUUUAUUAUUAUUAAUUUUAGUAUACAGAGCUUUCAAUUCAAAACUUGCUACCUACGUUAUCAGCGUAAAGAGGCAGAUUUCUGGAAAUUACCGGAACUCGUCAACAAAUUUAUUGUCAACCCCCUAAGUCCUAGGGCCUGCACCCCAAAAUUUUCAAUUGAGACAAUAAUAAGAUCAUUUUGAAGGGCUGUUUAAUCUGUAUAUUUUGACGUCCUAUAUAAAUUUGACCUCACUGUUGCAGCGUAACACCCAUUUCAAUGUUUAAAAACCUAAUGAAAAAUCCUAGACACACCUGCUUGUUUACCUGUUGCUAUAGUAAAAAGGUAGGUGUGUUCAAAGAUAAAUAAGCAUUUUAAACAUUGAAACUGAGGUCGAACUCAAAAAAUAGGACAGAAAAAUGUACAGAUUAAACAGCCCUUUAAACUGAUCUCCAAAAUGAUCUAUUACUCAACCCCCCUGAAAAUUUUGGGGUGGUAGGUUAAAGGGUUGAAAGAAGGAAGUUCAGUUCCAAAAACCUUCCCCCAAUAAAUUUGUUGACCUGUUUUGGCGAUUUCCACAAAUAACCUCUUGACGCAGAUAAUGUGGGUGGCAAGUUUUGAAUGAAAGUCCUGAUGUAUGUAAUCUUAUUGUUUAUUGUUUACAAUUAAGUUUGACUUGAGCUAACUAAGCUAAAAUAGUCCUUUUUAUGCACUUUUUUAUCAUUAAAAUAUAGUUAUUUUUAUUAAUCAAAUAUAUA